AUGGACCAGAUGGCAGAUGAAACCACUCUGAGAGCUGAUGAGAAAGACAAAAGGAAAGCGCAUACACGUCCGGACAAUGCUGCGUGGGUGAGAGGAGAAAAAUGUCAAAGUGAUGAAGUUAACAGCUGGAGAGUCUCUGCAGAAAACGAGCGUGGAGAGAGCAGCAGAGGAACAGACUUUAAUCAGCCCAGAAAGAAGAACAACUCCCCGCCUCGUCUUUUCUCUUUGAACAAGAARCAGAUGAGAUAUUCUGCUGCUGUGUCGAACAACACAGACGACCUGUCUGCCUCUCAGCAGAGCAACAUGGCAGUCGACUGUGCAGACAUUGUCCUCAACUGUCUCUUCUGUCGGCUUUAUGGCAUCUUACCCGAUUCCUGCGAGAGACUCACCAACCACUGCUGGCCCAACUACAAACACGUCGUCACCACAGUGGAGUCCACGCACAGCGAGGACGAUGACUCUUGUGUAGAACUGGACUGUGGUUUUUUUGGYAGCUGCCAUGAUGCAAGUGACUGUCUGGAGCUGGCCAUGGAGGUCUCUGAAAUAUGCUUUCACUAAGAAGAGUACUAAGUACGUACAAAUUGUGGUGUCUCAG